GCGCACCGAACGCAAUGUCAGCAGUGACAGAAAGAAGUGAGCGUGCAGGGUGACGCCAGGACACUGACGGACACAGAGAAGGACCGAACUAAAGUUGGACACACGGACAUAGAGACGGACAGGCAGACGGACAGACCGGCAGACAGACGGCUGAGGGUAUAGCGGUCAGAAAGCAGGAUGGAGGCGGACCAGCUCGUGUUCUUUGUCAACGGAAAGAAGAUCGUGGAGAAAAAUGCGGACCCGGAAAUGACCCUUCUGACCUAUCUGAGGAGAAAGUUGGGUCUGACAGGAGCCAAGCUGGGCUGUGGGGAGGGGGGGUGUGGCGCCUGCACCGUCAUGGUGUCUCGCUACGCCCCCCGCCAGCAGCGCGUCGUACACUCCUCGGUGAACGCCUGUGUGGCUCCUGUGUGUUCGCUGCACCUCUCCGCCAUCACCACCGUGGAGGGCAUCGGCUCAGUGGCCCGGAAGCUCCACCCAGUCCAGGAGCGCAUCGCGCGGGCCCACGGGUCCCAGUGUGGCUUCUGCACCCCGGGGAUGGUGAUGUCUAUGUACGCCCUGCUGAGGAACAACCCCUGUCCCGACAUGAGCCACCUAGAGGACGCCUUCCAAGGUCUGUGACCAGGACACACUAGG